AUGCUAAUUGAAGAACUCACCGGUAAUAGGGACUCGCCGUUGAGUGUUGAUCCAUAUAAAGAAACAGUCUAUACUUUUUCAGAAUCAACGAAAGAUGAAAAGAAUCAGCAACUUAUUGACGACUUUCUCAAGCCAUCUCCAGAACUAAAUUGGGAAUUACUCGAUCUUGUACAACCCAAACCCGACGUUAAUAGAGACAAAAUUAUCCAGAAAUUAGUCAUCAAUCCGUCUAGUUUGAAUAGAACGAAAAUGAGAUUCAAGAGAUCCGGGAUUGAGGGCAAGAUUUCUGGGUAUCGUGAGGAAGUCGAUCUCAAUGAAGUGAAUGCCUCUGCAUCAAAUUCAUUGAGUAUCAAUAGAGAUUAUUCAUCAAAAAGUGAUAGUAUAAGAGGAAAAACGGGAUUUUUACCUUUUCAGCCUGGUGGAUUAUUACAGCAGGCAUCGAUAGAUCGUGAAGUUAAGGAUACUACAUCAAACUUGCACAGAAACGAGUAUGGAUUAUUUGAUAUACCACCAGGUCUUUCGCGAGGAUUAGAAGUUGGCGACUCACAAAGCUUAACCGAUUUGGAAGAUUUGAACAAGGAAGAAGAAGAUCUGAAUGGGCAAACAUACGAAACUGUGAAGGAGCAUACUUUGUUUGAUGGUAAGGAUGGUCAAAAAGCAUCAGCUGAACCCAAAUCAAAGCUUCCGUUUGAUGCAAAUGAGAUAGAAGGAUUGGUACCGUUUGAUUAUAAGUCUUUCAGAUACGACGAGAAGAAACCGCCCGAGAAGCGUGACUGGGCUCAUGUUGUAGAUUUAGAUCAUAAAAUUGAGGAUUUCAAUGAAUUGGUUCCCAAUAUGGCUAGGACUUGGCCCUUUGAGCUUGACACAUUUCAAAAAGAAGCCGUAUUUCAUUUGGAACAAGGUGAUUCUGUCUUUGUUGCAGCUCACACAUCUGCAGGUAAAACCGUUGUAGCCGAGUAUGCAAUCGCAAUGGCAAAAAGAAACAUGACCAAAUGCAUAUACACUUCCCCUAUCAAAGCAUUGUCGAAUCAAAAAUUUAGAGAUUUCAAAGAAACAUUUAAAGAUAUAGACGUUGGAUUAAUCACUGGUGAUGUUCAAAUCAAUCCUGAGGCAAACUGUCUUAUCAUGACGACAGAAAUUUUACGUUCGAUGUUGUAUCGUGGUGCAGAUUUGAUAAGAGAUGUCGAGUUUGUCAUUUUUGAUGAAGUGCAUUAUGUGAAUGAUAUAGAUCGUGGUGUUGUCUGGGAAGAAGUGAUUAUUAUGUUACCUGAUCAUGUCAAGUAUAUUUUGUUAUCUGCCACUGUUCCAAACACAUUUGAGUUUGCUAACUGGGUAGGACGAACAAAACAAAAGGAUAUUUACGUCAUUUCAACACCAAAGAGACCGGUGCCGUUGGAAAUCUUUAUAUCGACAAAGAACAAACUCUUCAAGGUUGUCGACUCAAACAGGAGAUUCCUUGAGAGUGAAUUUAAAGCUCACAAAAGUUUACUUGAAGCAGGAAAUUCCAAUAAACAACUUCCUUCAACAACAAUGGGUUCUGGAAGUAGAGGUGGACCCGGUGGAACAGCCAGAGGCGGUAACAGAGGCGUCACUAGAGGUAGAGGUAGCGGUCGUGGAGGCCGUGGAGGUCUGUCUAAUCAUGGAAACUUUUCAGGUCCGAAAAGGUUUGGUACCGAUGGCCCCAACAAAAACACAUGGCCCGAGUUGGUACACUAUAUGAAGCUGAACAAUUUGCUACCUGCAGUAAUUUUCGUGUUUUCAAAGAAAAAAUGUGAAACCUAUGCCGACUCUUUACACGGUGUUGAUUUCUGCACCGCCAAAGAAAAGUCAGAGAUUCACAUGUUUAUUGAUCGAGCUGUUGGAAGGUUGAAAAAGGAGGAUCGGGAAUUGCCUCAGAUCAUUAAAAUUAGAGAAAUGCUUAGUCGAGGUAUAGCAGUACAUCACGGUGGUCUUUUACCAAUCGUGAAAGAGUGUAUUGAAAUUUUAUUUGCCAAGACAUUGGUGAAGGUGUUGUUUGCUACAGAAACCUUUGCUAUGGGGUUGAAUUUGCCUACUAGAACAGUUGUGUUUAGUUCUACUAGGAAGCAUGAUGGUAGGGCAUUUAGAAACCUUUUGCCGGGAGAAUUUACCCAAAUGUCUGGUCGUGCUGGUAGAAGAGGAUUGGAUGCAACAGGCACAGUUAUAGUUAUGGCUUAUAAUGAAGCAUUAUCUCCAACUGAUUUUAAGGAAGUGGCAUUGGGAACUCCAACAAAGUUGCAAUCACAAUUCAGAUUGACUUACAAUAUGAUUUUGAAUUUGCUCAGAAUUGAGGCGUUGAAGGUUGAAGAGAUGAUUAAACAUUCAUUCAGUGAAAAUUCGACCCAAGUUCUACUCCCAGAGAAUAAAAAGAGACAUGAUGUUCUCACAAAUACAUUGGGCAGUUUGGCAUUAACUCCAUGUGAUGAAUGUAACUUGAAAGAUAUCGAGGAGACUUGUAUACUCAUGUUUGAGUAUGAAGACGUUUAUGGCCAAUGUGUCGUUGAUAUUCAUAAAUCGCCUAUAUUGAAGUCCCAGUUGUUGAAGAUUGGAAGACUUGUGUGUUUCAGAGAUAAAGAAUCAAUUGUGAGAAUCGGCUUUGUUGUAAAGUCUGAUAGUGUUAAUGACAGUAUAUUCUUACUUACUUUCCAUCAUGGCAGGGAGUAUGAGACGACUCAAGAGCAGUACAAAUUACCAUACCUUCCAAUAAGAAGUUACUUGCUAAAAAAUUUUGCCAAAAUAAAAUACAGUGGUGGUCUUAAAGUGGUGUCGGUUCCGUACGAAAAUGUCAACUUCAUUUGUAGAUAUGCCUUGAGGGUGUCUAUGAAUGGUAUUGUUGAAAACAAGCAUGAAGAGGUUAAGCAGGCAGAAGAGCAGAUAACAUCGAUUCUAGGGCUCCAAAAUAGGCUAGAUGAGAUUAGUUUUAAUCAAACAAAACAAAUAUCUCUCCACGAUAUGUGCGUUGAAAAGGACAACAUCUUUUCAAAAAUCAAUGAUUUGAAAGCUUUCACUUGUCCAAAUUUCAAACAGCAUUACGCAGAGUAUCGAAAAAUGCGUCUUUUACAAAUGGAGUUAGAGGGACUAGAAAGAUUGAUUUCAGAUGAAAAUUUGGACCUUUUGCCAGACUAUGAACAGAGGUUGGAAGUUCUUGAAACCCUUGGGUUCAUUGAUGAAAAACACAAUGUGGUAUUGAAAGGAAGAGUUGCAUGUGAAAUCAAUUCUGGCUGGGAAUUAAUUCUUACUGAGUUGGUUCUUGACAACUUCCUUGGUGAUUUCGAACCUUCUGAGAUUGUUGCACUUUUGUCGUGUUUUGUUUAUGAGGGUAGGACUCAAGAAGAAGAACCACCGUUGAUUACUCCGAGAUUGGAAAAGGGUAAAGCCAAGAUACUUGAGAUUGCCGACAAGUUGCUCCGAGUAUUUAUUGAAAAGAGAGUUUCGCUAACGUCAGAGGAAGAGGAUUUUGUCGAAAGUAAACGAUUUGCUUUAGUCAAUGUUGUUUAUGAAUGGGCUAAUGGGUUGAGCUUUAAUGAGAUUAUGGAAAUCAGUGUUGAAUCUGAAGGUACGAUUGUAAGAGUUAUCACUAGAUUGGAUGAAAUUUGUCGUGAGGUGAAGAAUGCUGCUUUGAUUAUUGGUGAUUCGAAAUUGCAUUUGAAAAUGGCAGAGGCACAAGAAAAGAUCAAGAGAGAUAUCGUGUUCUGUGCAUCACUCUAUCUUUGA